UUCAUUGAGCCGUGAAUCAUGCAUCCUAGUGGUGAAAAUUCAUCUCAAAUGCUCAAGUGAACUUCUCAAUUUCAGUAAAGUUUUUUGUGUAAAUAAGUGAUUUUGUUUGUGCUUGUAACUUUGAAAAACUUAGAGAAACUAAGUUGAAAACUCGGUGUGUGAAAUAUGAGGUGGUUACCCCUCCUGUAUUUCGGAGUAUCAGCUAUAUUCCACGAAUGCUAUGCUUUCAUGCCUGAUAUGCUUGGUGGGGGCGUCCAGCAGAAUAAUAUGUUGAAGUUCAAGCAUGAGAUUUUCCAGUCAAAGUACCCCGGACAAACCUGUGAACUUAUUCCAAAUAUAGGACUGCCGUAUCCCGAAUACCACGCUGGAGACUCUCACUAUGCGACAAAACUGAUAUCUCUCAAUUCUUACAUUUGUGCAGAUACGAAAUUUGCAGAGCCCUACUAUAAGACGGAAGCAGUGCAUUUGUAUGACGAGAUUGAUUACCACAUUUUCGUCCGUAGACGAGAACCAGGUGUGGAACGGUCUAUCGGAUUCCAAGAUAACGGUUUCAUAAUGGGCCUGGCCAAAUACUAUGACACAAAGAAGAAACCGUUCAAUAUUUAUACGGGAAACUACUUGAGAUCACUCAAGGGCCAUGGAACAGUGAAACCCUCCAAACCAAUGCACAAAAAGAAGCCGCGUGUUUCCAGUGAUUCCAAUCCCCAAGCAAAGAACAACGUUCCAAUACUCAAUGCAAAGGUGACUCACAAGAGGGUGACUGAUUCUGGACGUUCUGAGACAGUAGAGGAACCAAAUAGUGACAGCAGUAGCUCUACGGAUGAUGUUAAAAGAGUUGCCCAAAAAGCGAAAGAUCAUGAUACGGGAAACUACUUGAGAUCACUCAAGGGCCAUGGAACAGUGAAACCCUCCAAACCAAAGCACAAAAAGAAGCCGCGUGUUUCCAGUGAUUCCAAUCCCCAAGCAAAGAAGAAUGUUCCAAUACUCAAUGCAAACGUGGUUCGCAAUUCUGGAGGUUCUGAGACAAUAGAGGAACCAAAUCGUGACAGCAGUGAAGAAGUUGCCCAAAAAGCGAAAGAUCGUAAGAGUAAGCUAGAUAAAGGGAAGAGCCGUAAAGAAAUAGCGAAAGAUGAGAAGAGCCGCGAAGAAGAUUUGGAGGAGAAAGGGGAGAAUAUAAAGGAUGUAGAGAAUGAAGGAAAGAAGAAGAAGAAGAAGAGAAAGAGGAGGCAUCAUCGCAAUGAUUAAAGUUUUCUAAAUCUAGGGCUUAUCUCAUAGAGUGAUUCAGAAGUCAUGUAAUACAGGGAAAAACUACAGUACCUUAUACUUAAAUUAUCAAGGUAUUUUUUUUUUUAAUUUUUCAAGGUAACCUGGACAAAGCUAGCAUAGCUAUGAUGAGAUUCACUGUGAACUGUCAGCAUUGCUUCAAUGGAAAGUAGUGAUGUUAUUUAUAACGAGUGCUGCCAGGAGAAAGUGAAUUUCACCUCUAUAGUUAUGUGAUAACGCUUUAUAAAGCCGUUAGAAUAAGAC